CAAACGACACAAACCUCAAUUCGCCAGAAAAUUCAAAAUCAGAGAGUGUACCCAAUCAAGUUGUGGAUAGUAAUCCCGAGGAUUCUCAACAAGCCAAUCAACACGAGCAAGUAUCAAGUAUAUAACUUUUUAUUGCAUCCAACAAUGUCAAAUGUAUUUAAUUGUGAAAAAUCCAAAGACAGCAAAUUCCUUAACAUGACAAUCUUCAUUAUUGCUUUAAACCAACAUGAAAUUUCAUUCAAUUAGACUCAAACAAUCAAAACAAAAUGGACGGAAUUAAUUUACUCGAAACUGAUCAUACCAAGCUUCGUGACAAGAUUUCACAAUUCAGAAAUAAUGAUAACUGGACAAGUCGUCAACUGUUGAUCAAGGAAAUUAUUUCAAAUGUGUGCCAACACACUUCUGCUGAGGAAAGAUAUCUCUACGAUUUGAUUACCCAAAAAUUCGACAAUGGAAAAUUCCUCUACGAUAAGCAAUUGAUCGACAAUCAAGUCCACAAGGAAAUGAUGCAAUUCUUACUCGACAAGAUUGAUAUUCUCUCAGUUGGAAAUAUGUCAUUCCGUGAUUCCUAUCAACAAGAAUGUGAAAAACUCUUCUCAGUUCUCGAAGAUCACAUGAAGGAAGAAGAACAAUUAGUUUUCCCUAAACUUCGUGAAACUCUCAACACUACUGAAUUGAGUGAUUUGUACAAGAAUUUGGAAUGGGCAAAACAAAAUGCUCCAACCAGACCACAUCCAUCAACUCCAGUUGUUGGAUCAAAGAUUUUACAUCCAGUUGCUGGACUUGUUGAUUCACUUACUGAAAGUUUGACUGGAACUACUAAUGUUAACAAGUAAUUCAAUUGAAUCAACACAGUUGUGAACUAGAAUAGAUUGAUUUAAAUUGUAUUGAUAAUAUUAAUAAAGUAAAGGUGUGUC